GUCGUUGAAUAAUCAGAGGAAAAACUGUAUGGCGACAUCAUACAGGUGCAAGCUUUGUGGAUAAUUUAAUAGUAGAUAGCAGAGCAGUUCUCAGUAGUGACACCGGUCCCGUGGACAAUUUAAAAAAGAGAGAGCAAAAAUAUGGAUUCUGAAGGCCAAGCGGACGAGAAUCGGGAGGAAGCGGGAGAGGACUGGGAGGCCGCGGCAUCAGAAGCCUGGGAGAUAGCGGAGGAGGAUGAGGAAGUGGGCGACGAUUAUGAGGCAGCGGGAGAGGAUUGGGAGGCAGUAGAAGAGGAGCAGGCGCGAAAGCUAGAAGCUGAAGGCGAUGAGACUUGGGAGAAGGAAGAGGCGAAAGGAAGACGACGAAAGAAGAAGAAGAAAAACGCAGCACCAAAAGAGAAGAAGGAGGCGACGCAAAUGCCCCCAGAGUUAAGGUCGCUGGGGGUGCAUUCGUAGUCCACGUCUUUAGCCUUUGCAACUUCUUAAGGAGGAGAGACGCAAACUGGCUAAAGGCGUGCCAGGGAAGUGAAUGCAUCCCGGAAAUUUCUAACAGGGGGCGCGAGUGUUAAUCAAGUGCGAAAAUGGAGAAGGAAGCAGAAGCGCUUGAUGGAAACGAAGGAAGAGAAAGAGGAGCGGGAAGCUGCGAAAUGUGCGAAAAAGGCGAAAAAAAAAGCAGAGAAAAAGGCGAAGAAGCUUGCCGACGUGAAGGAAGGAAAAGCAAAAAAAACGAAGGAAAAAAGGAAAAACGCUAGCGGGGGGCCAAGCCAUUGCGUUGUGCGCAAGAAACGACGGCAAGAAAAAAAAAAGCAGAACGACCAAGAGGGAAAGGCGUGAGGCAGAGCGCCGCUUUGAUUUGUAUGGCUAUAGCCUUACUGUUGGACUUUUUUGGGUCGGUGGUUAGCUGGGGCGUGCAGUAGUUUCGUAGGCUGUAAAUCAGUUUCCACCAGUUUUAAUAAAGUUGCAGAAAAUUGGCGGCGCGCGUUCUGGGUGAAGGCUUAUUUCAGUUUUUCGAAUAGUUGCGUUGAUUGUUGAUAGGGAGAUGAAAUUUGCGCAAGAAUAUGUGACAAGACAUAAAGUGACGAAAUUGAUUCUGUUAUAACUGGGAAGAACGCGCUGUGUAAACGUCUAAAAGUAUGUAAUGACGGACACCAAUUACAGUAGGAGCGGCAGUUUUCUUCGUGUGAACACUAGUGCUGGUUCUAAUCCGCAAAACCUACAACUGCGACGACGAUGAAGAAUGAGUGGCGUUGUCCCUGUUUCAACUCACGAAAGUGAGCAUCUAACUACUUAUUAAUACAUCCAAAGGGAAGCUUCAGACAUGCGAAUGUUGGAGAUAGACGGAGAUUGUGGGUGGACUGUAGUUGAUGUAAGAACAGUUCGUAGGCGACGAAAUGGGUGAGGUGGCAAACCGAGGAUGGCGUGUAAGGUGAGUAAUGGAUGUGCCAGAAGAAGCGCACACCUGCUCAGCAGGAUUCAGAUUCAAUUUAGGUUGCAUGGUAGGCGUGCCAUAGCCAUUCAAUUUACGUACUGUUUUUGGUAUAUGAUUCCCUGCCAGGCAGCUUCGAGUGAGUUGCUACGUGGUUCGAAUGAAUGAAUGAAUGAAUCACGAGAAAAACAUUUAGAGGCACUCCAAUAGCAAAACAUUUAGAAGAUCGCUCAAAGCACUUGAAGAAAAAGCGACCGGUUAGUUUUCUGUCGUAUUUCUCCCUUCAUGACUUUGAAGCACUCCUCCAUCAAAAAGUAGCUCUUACGAACGGCUGGUCAUUGAAAGUAAGUACUUAGCACGAAGUGCCACGAUUUUUCCAUACGCCGUUUUCUGAAGGAUUGAAAUAGAAUUGUUAUGACAUUGAUAAACUUCUCGCAAUUCAUUGUGUGCAGAUUUGUGUUUGUCUCAGCACAAGCGGACUGCUACUGCUUUUUUUACGACGAUGAAUGUGACACGAGGAAAAUAGAUCUAGAAUCAGUCGCCUCUUUUUGUGGACGCACAUUGUUCUGUUGGGAACAUGGUAGACCUUUCGCUCCUGGGCCUUUUUCUUUCUCCUUGCUUACAGCAGUAUGGUCUAUGGAUGCACACGAGUAUUAUAGAUCAGUACAUUGAGAUACUAAAAGA